AUGACAAUCCUCAACAUUGACCUAGAUUGGCAGCGACACAAAUGGCCACUCUUUUAUUGUUUUGUUUCGCUCUUCGGGGCCUUCUGUUACGGCUAUGACACCAUCUAUUACACUGGUAUCCAGGGUAUGGAACCUUUCAUCCACGAUUACGGGACCAAAGAUCAAAAUGGAACCUAUGUCCUAGAAACUACCUUUUUAUCUGUGACUGCGUCAGUGAUCUACGCAGGUGAAUUCUGUGGUGCCCUUAUAACAGCCCCAAUCAACGAUGCAUGGGGCCGCAAAGCAGUGUUUUACUCUGCUUCAAUCUGCAUCAUUGCAGGCGCUCUUGUUCAACUAUGCUCAUUCGGGAUAUAUGGCGCAUUCUGUGCCGGCCGAGUUCUCAUUGGGUUCGGAAUUGGACAAUUCACAGCCACUUGUUUGAUCUAUAUCAAUGAAAUCGCCCCGGCUGAAAUUCGUGGGCCUGCUCUCAUGUCAUUUCAAUUCAUGCAAUCCAUUUCCCAAUUGGUCGGAGCAUGCAUUACACAAGGCACACAAAGCAUCGACAGCCAGUCCUCGUAUCUAAUUCCAAUGGGACUACUGAUGGUGCUUCCGGGUAUCAUGAUCAUCCUCCUUCCAUUCAUCCCGGAGAGUCCUAUAUGGUGUGUUGCCAAAAGUCGACAUGAAGCUGCCGAGGCAGCUCUGAGAAAGAUCUAUCGGAUGGAAAAUUACGAUCCAGCGCAGGACCUACAACUUAUCCAAGAACAAGUUGACAAGGAGCGCGCGAUGGAAUCCGAAUCAUCUUGGUCAUCACUCUUCAAAGACCCAAUCGAGCGGCGAAAGCUUCUCUAUUCCUGCGGCGCAAUGUUCGUGCAGCAGAUCAACGGCAUUCAAUUCUGGUAUACAUACGGAGUUAUAUUCGCACAGUCAAUCGGUGUCGGCGAGCCCUUCACCAUCAACACCAUCAUAUACGUUCUGCAAAUCAUCGCAGUCGGGAUCUCAGUCGUACUCGGCAACAAAAUUCGGCGUCGCACAAAUUUGCUAUUUUGCACUUGCGGGAUGUUAUUUUCUUUAGUUGCAGUUGGUGGACUUGGGACUACCCGUCAAGACGGGUCUUUCAAACAAAGCAUUGGAAUUGUGAUUGUUGUCUUCGCAUAUAUCAACAUCGUCUUCUUCAACUUCUCCAUUGGCACGUUGUCCUACACCAUAUCUUCUGAAAUGGCAGUUGGCCGAAACCGAAACAAGAUUACUGCAUGUGCCAUGGGUGUCUUCUUCUUCACCGUGUGGCUGAUCACUUUUGUCUGUCCUUAUAUCUACUAUUCGGCCAACUUGGGGCCCAUGAUGACUUUCAUUUUUGGUGGAACCAGCUUUAUUUGCUUGCUAUACAUCUGGUUCUGUGUCGGUGAAACAACGGGUCGUACAAACAACGACAUUGGCCAGCUAUUCAAAGAGAAAGUCCCAGUCCGCCAGUGGCAAAAUCACGUCCUCGAGCAGGAAUAUGGUGCAGAAGAUGAUAUAAAGACGUCGUCCGUUCAGGAGAUUGAACACCCAGUCUAG